GUUUUUCUCAUAGUAACCUUGUAAUCUUGUUGAAUCAUUGCUGUUGUUCAGGAGUAGCUGAUGUCCUCCCAUUGGACUGAGAUUUGCCUUGCAGACAACAAUGAACAAUAAAAAUUCUUGCGUUGAGACGCCAGCUGCCCCCGAAUGGCUAUCGAAAUUAGAGGAUAGACGUGAAAAAUUAAAAUGCUCCAAACUGGGACAUGAAGUGGGUGCUGGCGCUCCAUGCAGUGUUUGUGAAGACAAGUGUCCCGGUCUGGAUUUACAUUUUUGGCGUAAGGUCUGUCGCAAUUGUAAAUGUCGCAAGGAUCAGCAUAUGUGUCAGGACGAUGACACAUCUGGAUGGGCACAAUUCGAAAUACUUGGCCAGAUACGUUCCAAGCCGGCAUUCAUCAAAAUAAAAACCUUGGCAAGUCAACCCGUCAAAGUAGACUGGGUGCCGCCGAAUGUCUCUCCAGACGUGGUUGCUGAUUAUUUGGAAAAGUUAGGCAGUAAAAAUGUACCAGUUGCUGGUAGUGAAGCGGCAGCCAAACGUAAACAACAACUCGAAUUCCAAGUACCACCACACGAUUUAGAUGCUGAAUUCUGUGACAAUCUCACCGAAGCCGAAUCCAAUCAAUUGCAACAAUAUGUCCAGAAAAUCCGAGAAAAUUGUGUUGGCCAGGGUAGUGUGGUACGAGUGGGAAAUGUUGGCUAUGGUACUGUGGCAAAUCUUCACAAACCUCCGCUUGUUCAAGAGCUGCCAGCAUUUAAUGAGGCCAAGUACUGCGAGGUCAUGUCGGCGUUGAAAGAACCUCCAGUCUCUGAUCCAAUUCUAGCCACAUUAUUGUCCAAUGAAAAGCUGGCCAAGGCCAUAUUAGAGCCGGUCUCAUAUUCUUAUCCGAAGAUAUUUGUGGCCUUUUCCGAACCAUUGGCUGAGGGUCCAUUGAAAGAGGCUGCCCUAAUUCGUUUACCGGUGGUGGUAAAGGAAAAACUAAACGGCCUCAACGAGGCAGCUGUGGAAAGUUUGGUCCUUAAUGGUCCAGUUUAUGAUAAAAUUUUUGGUAGCUUAAAGAACAACAACCUGGAUAUUUCACGUGAUCCACGUUUGGGUCCUUUGGUGGAUUUGCGUAAGGAAUAUUUGACGAAUCCGGUGGUGAAAAAGGAAUUGGAUACCAUGGUUUAUAUGCCAAAUUCAUCAUAUAGUUCACCCCUCAAGACACCCUCGAAAUUUUUAAACGAAUUGGCAUUCAACUCGCCUUUACCCCUGAAAACUGCCGCUGGAAAAUUGAAAUUUGGUGCCCAGUUGUCACAGGACACUCCCAUGCGUAAGGUCCACUUUGGCCAACCCAUCUCGAGUAUUAUACAAGACUGUAAUUUGCCUGCCAAUGUGGACUAUGAACGUGAUCCGGUAUUUGCCAAUAUCAUACAUUCCGAGCCGUUGAAACAGGCCAUACAAAAUGCUAAACACCAGGGCUGCCUUAAACCACCAAUACCCAUUCAAGUUUUGGUCUCCCCGCUCAGUGGCAGACCUGAUAUAAAAGAAACUCAGUUGAGUGAGCCAGCAAAGGAUAAGCUCCAGGCCAUGGGCAUAACCCACAAGGAUAUGCUACAAAGUGCUGUACUUAAUGCCCCCUUCUAUGAGAGGCUUUUUAAAAAUCUCAAUGACAUGAAUAUCGAAUAUGACUCAUGUUCACAGUUGAAACCUUUGGAGCAGUUAUCGAAACAGUUACGUUUGGAUCGUCCCCUCUAUGAAGAGGUACGUGAAUAUGUCACAGCCUUGCCGCGUAGCCUGGACAUUGCCUAUGCCCCCAUAAGCAUGAAUUUACAGCAGACCAUGAGUCCGUCGCGCAGUACAGAUUCUGGUUUUGAAUCGAAACCAUCAACUCCCAGUCAUCACGCACAGCACAGUGGUUAUGGAGAGUGUGAUGUGAAUGCCUUGGCCGGGCGACUUACGGCCAUUCCUGGCAUACAGGAUAUGAAUAUGUAUCCAACGGUGGCAGCAUCUGCCCGAGAUCCUCUGAAUCCUUUGAUGCAAAAUCUCAAGUUGCAGGAGAGCUAUGACAAUAAGGCGACACCGGGUGCUGCAAAACAAUUGCUGUGCCGUGAUUGUGAAAAGAUCAUUAACUUUGGCGAAGUCGCCGUCAAGGCGGAAAGGGCUGGCAAAGAAAUUGCCUGGCAUCCAGAGUGUUUCCGCUGUCACACCUGCCGAGAAUUGUUGGCAGAUUUGGUUUACUUUUUCCAUGGUGGCCAGGUCUAUUGUGGCCGAGAUUUGGCUGUUAAAUUGAAAAUACCCCGCUGCAAGGCAUGCGAUGAAUUGAUUUUCACCAAGGAAUACACGGCCGCCGAGGGGGCUACAUUCCACAUCAAACAUUUUUGCUGCUAUCACUGUGAUGAACCACUGGCCGGUCAACAAUAUGUGCCCGACGAAAAGUCGAACAUGCCAUUGUGCCUCAAAUGCUAUGACGAAUACUUUGCCACCGUCUGUCAAUAUUGUCACAAAACCAUUGGACCCAGCGAUAAGGGUGUUUCGUGGACCAACAUCCAUUGGCAUGAUUCGUGUUUUGUUUGUGCCGGCAAAAUGUGUGCCAAGUCACUGAUUGGUGGCCGUUUUUGUGUCAAACAAAAUAUGCCAUUCUGCAGUCCAGCCUGUGUGCGUAGCAUGAUUGAGUAGACUGAUUGAAGGAGCAACCAUUUAUGAUAGUAUUAAUAAAGAAGAAAAAAGCGAAAAAAAAGUAUUUUUUAUAAAAUAUACAAUUUUUUAUAUAUCUAUUCAUAUACUUAGUAUAUAUUUUAUACGUAUUUUUUACAUAUAUACACUAUGUAUUUUGCGACAUAGGAUGAUAAUACGAACACACACAAAUGCACAAAUGAAUUCCAUUUACAACCUUUUUUUCUCAAAAACAAAUAUAUAU